UUCCCCGCCUUGGAGGCAGCGCUGAGCUUCGGGCUUUGGUGCACGCGGCCGCUCUCGUGUUGGUCCCGGCUGAGUUGUGACAGGAUCAUGCCCAAGAAAGGAAGGAGACAGACUGGAGCGGAAGAGGAACACCAGAGACUAUGCAAACAAGCAAAAGUGGAACCAGCGUGUCCUUCGCUUACGAAAUAUGACCAUCCAGAAAGCGUGUUUGAGAGUUUGAUCUUUCCCAUCAAACGAGAGGAAUUUUUCAGAGACUACUGGGAGCAGAAACCGCUGCUUCUUAAGAGAGAGAAUCCCUCUGUGGCAUCCUGCUAUCAGUCUCUAUUUCAGUUAACUGACCUGAAAAGCUUAGUCAGCCAGGGUUUAUUUUAUGGAAGGGAUAUUAAUGUUUGCAAAUGUGUGAAUGGGAGAAAAAAGAUUUUUAACAAAGAUGGUAAAGUCAACUAUGCACAACUAAAGAAAGAUUUUGAUCAGAAAAAGGGCACUAUACAAUUUCAUCAGCCCCAGCGAUUCAAGGAUGAACUCUGGAGGAUCCAGGAAAAUUUGGAAUGCUUCUUUGGCUCACUGGUUGGAUCUAAUGUUUACAUUACCCCUCCAGGGUCCCAGGGACUGCCUCCACACUAUGAUGAUGUUGAGGUGUUUAUUUUACAACUGGAAGGAGAGAAACACUGGCGGCUGUACAAACCUACUGUGCAUCUGGCUCAAGAAUAUAACGUUGAACCUGAGGACAGAAUUGGAACUCCAACACAUGACUUCUUAUUAAAGCCUGGAGAUCUGUUAUAUUUUCCAAGAGGAACCAUUCAUCAAGCUGACACACCUCCUGGGGUGUCUCAUUCUACCCAUGUGACCAUCAGCACAUAUCAGAACAAUUCUUGGAGAGAUCUUUUAUUGGAUGUUGUUCCCGGACUUGUGUUGGAUUCAGCAAAAGAAGACAUUGAUUUUCGGAAGAGUAUACCAAGACAGUUACUGAUGAAAGUGGAUUUGUCUGAAUCAGCCAAGAAAUUAAGUGAUUUCCUGCGACAUCUUGCAGACAAACUGGAAAAUGGCAGAGAACUGAAGUCAUCUGACAUGAAAAAAGAUUUCAUUAUGAACAGAUUACCUCCCUUCUUGGCGAUUAGCUUUGACUCUUUGGCUCCAGGAGGAAAGCUACCCAAAGUUGACAGCACAAUCAGAUUGCAGUUUAAAGACUAUACUGUAAUUACAGUGGAGCCAGAUCAAGAUCCUUUGGAUGAUGCGCACAAAGAGAUGAUUUAUAUCUAUCACUCCUUAAAGAACAAGAGACAAGGCCAUAUGAUGGGGGAUGAAAAUAUGAACGAGGAAGGAAUACCACAGACUCAGGGAUUACGGUUUCCACUCUCCCAUAUGGAUGCGCUGAAGCAAAUCUGGAGCACUGAUACCAUCUGUGUGAAGCAACUGAAUCUUGCUUCGGAUGCAGAGAAAGAAAACUUGGUAUUAUCAUUGUGGAGUGAGCGGCUCAUUGAAGUAAUCUGAAGGUAUAAGCCAGCCAAAGUCGAGCAGUUCUAGCUAUUGUGGACAUGACUUCUCAGCCUUUUGGCUCAGAUCAAGUGCAGUAUCUGUUCUUAUCAGCUCAAUAGGGCAGCACAUUCCGCAUUGACUGGUGGGCAGGUCUGGAUUUCACUGGGAAAUUUAAAGGAACUUAAGGCAUGAUCUAGCCAAAGUUAAAAAUGCCCAACUCUGCUUGUGUGGAAGAGCAAAAUGUUGCCUCUCAAUUUUGUAGAUGUUUUUUUUCCCCUUGUAACAUAAACAUAUUUGAUUAUGUAUUCCAAAACACCAAGUAAAAUAACCCAUGAGUGUGUGGGCUUAAAAAAGUAAA